CCCUGGGGCCGGGCCGCGGGAACGGUGCCCCGCUCCGUGUGGGUCCCUGCCACGCUCAGGGAGGGUGUGCGGGGCGGGGGGCGGCAGGGAAGGAGAGUGCCGCCGCAAACAGCGCGCUGGUGAGUGUCGGUGCUGUGAGCGUGCCGCAGGCAUCGGCGGUGUUCCUGGUCAGGCCGGUGUGUUUGCUCGAGGAGCCCUCUGCACGCAACGGUGUGCAGGAGCAAACUGUCACUCGGGAGGUACAGCGAAAUCACACGUCCUUUACCAUCGAGGCUGCUGCCUGUAUGUGUGUCAUAUGCAGGCUGUCAUCACUCCACAAAGAGGCUACAUUGAAAUUCCAACUCUUAACACUCUUUAUGGUAGCAAAGCCAAAUUGUUCUUGACUGACAGUUGCUCAAUCUUUCCCUGCUGGGCUUCUCUCCAUUUCAAGGUACACGAUGCAUUGCAUCUAAUGUUCAUGUGUACAAUAUAUUGAACAUAAGAUAUUAAAGGGUGCUAAUGUGGUUAAUGCUCUUAACCCACAAAGCAUGUAUGGUCGUUAAACAGCAUAGUUGUGUGACUGACAGUUUGUUUUAGCAUUGGAGGAACUCUUCCGUAGAUCGUAGCCACACCUACGGGUACACUGUUGCAAAUGCAUUUGCCUGCUGGAGUUUCAAUAGCCAACGUGUUUCAGAAAAAGAAAAGAAACCACACAAUAGUUUCACAAAGCUGAUGGCUCGUCGUCCCUGUGUUGCUGGAGGUUGCUCAGUGUUUGACACCGAGAGAGUUGCUGGGCUCCUCCUGAGAGACAGUUACCUGCUGUGGCAGUGUGGAGCUGGUUGUGUGCCUGGCACUCGAGUAGUUACAAUCUUUCAGACCUGUGGGUGCCCCUGAAGCCAGUUUUGUAAUGGGGUGAGCCUGUCCGUCUGUGUUUGGAGACAGGCGAGGCGCUGGGUCAGUGCAGAGGCUUUCAGCUGGCCUGCGCAAAAGCUGGCCUAGGAAUCAUUGCAGCAGAGCUGGCAAACAAAGCUGAGAAGAGCAGAGAGUGCAGAGGGAUGCGCUUAGCUGUGCCCAGGAGGAGCAGCCAGUGCCACUGCACACAGGCGUGGAAGGUUAACCUGAGGUGAGCCAGAGCAGAGCUCCGGGGAGGAAGCCCUUCAUCUCAGGGCAGUGUGAAUGCUUCGGUGCCAAGGAGAACACAAGAAAGUCUUUUUUAGAAAGAAAAUGCUCUGAAGGUGAACUGGCUAGUGCCUGCUGGAACUAAAUCUGGGCAAAACAAAAUACUCCUCACCCGAAGGCCUGUUUGUCAUCCAGAGGGAACCUCCAGCACAGCCAAACUGUGCAAGUGAUGGGCUCGGAGAACAGCGCCUUAAAGAGCUACACGCUGGAAGAGCCGCCCACCACGCUGCCCACGGGCCACACCAUCUACCCAGCCGUGCUGCAGGAUGGCAGACGCGCCUCCGUCUUCGUGUACAAGCGGGAGAACGAGGACAAGGUCAACAAAGCUGCCAAGCACCUGAAAACCUUGCGCCACCCUUGCCUUCUGCGCUUCCUCUCCUGUACUGUGGAAGCAAAUGGGAUCCACCUGGUUACAGAACGUGUGAAGCCACUGGAGAUGGUCCUGGAGACACUCUCUUCUGCAGAAAUCUGUGCAGGCAUCUACGAUGUGUUGCUGGCACUCAUCUUCCUCCAUGACAGGGGACACAUAACACAUAACAAUGUCUGUUUGUCAUCCGUGUUUGUAAGUGAGGAUGGACACUGGAAGCUGGGAGGAAUGGAAACAGUCUGUAACUUCAGUGAAGCCACCCCAGAGUUCCUCUGCCAUGUCAAGUCGGUACGAGACCAGUUGUGCAUCCCUUGCGAGGAGAUGUCUGCAGAUUUCCAAAUCCUGCCCCACAGCUGCGGGCACGCAAGGGACGCCUACGCCUUCGGGACCAUGGCAGAGAAUCUCCUGACAGUCCUCAACGAUCAGGUUUCAGCAGAUAUUCUCUCCAGCUUUCAGCAAACCUUGCACUGUACACUGCUGAAUCCAGAUCCAAAGUGUCGUCCACCACUGUCCACCUUACUGUCUCACGAGUUCUUCAGGAAUGAUUUUCUGGAAGUUGUGAAUUUUCUGAAGACCUUAACACUAAAGUCUGAGGAGGAAAAAACGGAGUUUUUCAAGUUCCUGCUGGACAGGGUGGCUGGCUUGUCAGAGGAGCUGAUUGCAUCACGGCUGGUGCCUCUUCUGCUCAAUCAGCUGGUGUUUGCAGAACCUGUAGCUGUCAAGAGUUUUCUUCCCCAUCUGCUGGGUCCAAAGAAAGAGGAAAGUGGAGAAAGCCCAACCAGCUGCCUCCUGUCACCAGCCCUGUUCCAGGCACACGUCAUUCCUGUGCUGCUGAAGCUCUUUGAGGUCCACGAGGAGCACGUUCGGAUGGUGCUGCUGUCUCACAUUCAUGCCUACGCGGAACUCUUCUCUCGGGAGGAGCUGAAAAACGUCAUAUUGCCACAGGUGUUGCUGGGCCUUCGAGACACCAGUGACUCCAUCGUGGCCAUAACGCUGCACAGCCUGGCAGUUCUGGUCUCCCUGCUCGGGCCUGAAGUAGUUGUAGGUGGAGAACGAGUGAAGAUUUUCAAAAGCUCUGCACCAAGUUUCAUGAAAACUGCUGAUCUCUCUCCAGAAGGCUCCCCACGUCAUGUUAUAAGCAAUCAGAGAAAUCAGACCUCUCAGCCCUUGAAGAACCCUGAGGCGUUCCCCGUGGUGGGAAAUGUGCCUAUCAAGAAGCUUUCUGUGCAAGCUGACAAUCCCUUGGCUUUAAAGACAGGUGAGCAGGACCCUCAGCCCAAGCUGAAUGGAAUCCCAGGAAGCAUUCACAGCCUGGGGAGCAGCAGGGGCUCUUUGACUACCUCGGCAAAGCCUGCAGAGGAGUGGCCGGACUGGAGCGAGCCUGAGGAGACGGACGCUGAGCAAACUGUGAACAUUCAGAUCGAGCCCCGAGAGGCACGGGGCAGUGUGGCACCUUACUUUGCUGAACAGGAUGUAGAUGAGAAGCCUUGGGAUGAUGUUGAGCGCAGCAGCCCUAGUCCUGAGCUCUCCUCAGGAAACUGCCUCACUGUGACACAGGCCGAUGCAGUCGAAAUGCGGAGGCCUCUGCCAGGUGCCCCUCAACUGAGCAAAGGAUCCAAAAGCCUCAGGCUGAGUCCCCCCACACCGUCCUGCCCCGGGAGCAGCCGGAGCAAGGACAAGUGGCACCACCAGGAACAACUGGGAGAAACUCUGCUGCCAAAAACAACCUCUCAGGAAAGGUGGAAGCCUUCAUCAUCAGAGUCUGGCCUAGGAGAAGAAUUCACAAUCAAAGUGAAGAGGAAACCUGUGCAAGACCCUGAGCUGGACUUGUUUGCUGACAUGAUCCCAGACAUUAAACCUUCUUCAGCCCUCUUGCUUUUACCUGAGGAGAGGACAGCAGCAGUUGUUGCCAGCCCUCCUGGUGUAGGGUCCAGCAGAGGAGGUGCCUCCCAGAACGUGCCCUUUUCAUCCAAAUUCGCAGCAGCUGAUGUUGUGGAGGCUGAAGCUGGAGGCUGGGGUGAAGAAGAGGAGUUGAACUGGGAAGAUGAUACUAACUGGUAACGGGACUGAGACACACAGGCACUGUAUGGUGUGUUGGAUCCUGUCAGAGAAGCAGCUGCUUGCCCUGUGUGAUGGAUAAGUACCUCAGCAUUGCUUUUGCCAGAGGGCGGGCACUUGCUGCUGCAGCCAGCAAGAUCCCCUGGGGCUGACCCCCUGCCACGGCUGCCCCUUUCCAGUCUGUGCCAAAACCUGCAGGGAUGAGGCCUGUGCCCAAGCAAUGUGCCUGCAACAUGUGCCACUGCUGCCAGAGAGAGGAGCCUGAUGGCUGUGUUGGUGCUGACGUGGUGCUGCAGGCUUGGGGUGGUGUAAGUGAGUGUUCCAUAACUCACCCUGCUCUGAAAAAGUAAUGACAAUAAAUGACAGUC